AUGCUAAAAUGUCAUGGAAUUGAGUUGAUAUACGAGGUCCAGAAGUUAUGUGGCGACCAAGCUCUUGAGCUUUUCAGUUUGAAUGCCUUCGGAAGCAACAAACCUCCAAACGAUUAUUUGGAACUCGCACAACGUGCAAUAGCCUAUGCUCAAGGACUUCCACUAGCUCUAACGCUUUUAGGUUCCCAUCUUCGUAAUAAAGGUGUACAUCGUUGGCAAGCUAUAUUAUCAGAUGCUUACGGAGGAGAUCCUUACACAAACAUUGCAUGUUUCUUCAAGGGUGAAGAUAAGGACUAUGUGCUACAAAUAGUAAGCAGUUCUAAGCACAAGGUCCCCCAAGAUUGCAUUGAAGUACUCGUUGAGAAGGCAAUGAUAACUAUUCAAAGCAAUAUGAUUUUGAUGCAUGACUUGCUAGAACAACUGGGUAAGGAUAUAAUUCAUGAAGAAUCUCCGAAUGAUCCUGCCAAGCGUAGUAGACUAUGGUUUCAUCAAGAUGUAUUCCAAGUUCUAACAGAAAACACAACCCAAGGGUGUCCACCGCUGACAGCAGUGACUAAUCCCUUUCGCUGCGGGAGCUCUCCCAAAGGAGGUAAACAGCUGGCCACGAAAUGUGCUCCAUUCCCAUGGGCGGGGAUCGAACUCCCAACCUCAUGGUUAAGGGAUGAGAAUAGCCCAAAUGUGACAUCUAUAAAUUUAAGUGGGUAUGAAUUCUUAGAAAAAAUCCCUGACUUAUCUGGAAUCCCAAACAUAAAGUUCUUGAAUCUAAGUCAGUGUACAAGUGUGGUUGAGGUUCAUGAUUCUGUUGGAUUCCUUGAUAAACUUGUUAAGUUGGAUCUUAGAGAAUGCGUUAAGCUUACGAGGUUCGCAACAAAGACUUAG